AUUUAAAUAUUGAUCAAACAUAAUAUUUUGCGAAAAAAGCUGUAAUUUGUUUACCACUUUUAUAUAGUUUCCCAAUUAAUUAUUUUGUACAAUUUAAAUAUGGACGUAGUAUCGCAAGGCGAAGUGGAUUUGUUUAUAGAUUGUAUCAGCGAAUCCAAGUUGGACGAAUUGGGCACAAAAAAAUGGUUCGAAAACCACGAUCGAUUGCAAAAACUUAACCAGCAGGCAACAUUGGAAGCGACUGAACAUCGAGAGGAGUACAUCAAAGAUCAAAUCAUCAGUCGUGGAAAAGUACCGGUGUUAGUGUAUGAAGCCGUCUGCGUAUCACUGUGGAGGGAAAAAGUGCUACCAGAGCUGUUGCGCAUAUCGUCAAAUGCUGAUCAAUCGUUUACGGUCUACUUUGUUCUUUUUCAUGAAACCGUUGCUGUAGGAUUGUUGCAAAAGAUAUUGUUCCAUGAAGACGGAGUUCAAGCUCUUGGCAACAAUGCAUUGGAUUUAUUCGAUCACGUAAUCAUGUCGAUCACUCACUUAGCAAUAGGGGACUCCAACAACUUCUGUAUUGGCGUCAAAAUGAGAGAUGCCGAGGUCAAAGACGAUAUAGCAGAACAAAAACACAGAAUACAAUUUGACGUAGGCAUCGAGUGCAUUGGCAUUAUGUUCAACAUGCUGCUACAUUUAAAAAGCUUGUCGUUAACUGUUGCCGCUCGGAUGACUAUGAACAACGACGUGCCAAUGUUAAUUUGCCAUUUGUUAAAUACAAAGCCGUGGGUCAAAUUAGAAGGUGACAAAACGUACACGUUUCAAGAUAACACAUGGAAAGUUAAGAAUAAAAUUGAUAAUCAAAUACCAAAACAUGAAGCUCAUUUGUGGAUGAGUCUUCACGAAUUUUUUAUGGCUGAACAAUUGCGCAAUAAUUAUGAAAUCACUCAGUUCAGGAAAAGAAAUCUUGCCCAAUUACAAAAUUUGCUCAAUGACAACAUUUUGAAUCAAAUAUCACCGUUAAUAAAUUUAAAACAAUGUUUAUACCGAUUAACACUCACCGAUGCCCCAACUACUACUAAGCGUCCUCUUUUUAUAGAAAUUACAGCUGAGAUAAGACCUACUCUGCUGAAUGCUUAUUCUAAGCGAUGGAAAAAAAUUGCAAAAUCACAAGUGUUGCAUCUGUUUGGAAAUGAUUCUCACGAUAUUGCAAAGUCAUUAAGUGAAACUUAUGAGCAUAUAGCAAUUUUCGAAGUUCAAGACAACGUUUGUGCCAACUGUCGACAACCAGCAAAAAAUCGUUGUUCUCAAUGUAAAAAUCAGUGGUACUGUAGCAGGAAAUGUCAAGUGGGCGAUUGGCAACAGCACAAAAAAAACUGUCAAUAAUAUCAACCGAUAGCAGAUUCGUAGUUCGUCUAUUUUCUAUUAUAACAAAUUUGAAAUUAAAAUACUUCAUUCAAUAAAUUUAUCUAUUAUGUCCAUCAUCGACUCUGGUUUUGGUUUGUCACAUAUUCCAGUCAAAGCAUAUCCGGCUUCUUCAAUAGCAGAUGCUGUAGUUGGGCCAAUAGAAAAUAUCUGAAAAUUGUUUUUUUUUUAAUAAAUAAAAUUAAUAUAAAUUUGAUUGCAAUAUUUAUUUUGUAUCUG